AUGAGGCUUCUAAAUAUCACCAGGCUCCGAUUGGAGCUGUUUACCGCGGCGCCGCCCAAGUACGCCGUCGUCUCCCACAGAUGGACAGAGAAAGAAGUCACACUCGAGGACAUGAGAAACCGGACUGGACUACCUACGCAACCUGAAUUCUCCAAGAUAUUGCACGCCGGGCUGAAUGCCAAGACGGUUGGCCUCGAACACAUGUGGAUUGACACAUGCUGCAUCGACAGAAAUAGCCACGCGGAGCUCUCGGAUGCGAUCAACUCCAUGUUUCAAUGGUACUGCGGUGCAGAAAUAUGCCUCGUAUACCUGGAAGAUGUCUCCUCACUCGAGGACCUCGGGAGGAGCGAGUGGUUUCGGAGAGGCUGGACGCUACUGGAGCUCGUUGCACCAAAGAAGGUGGUUUUCUUCGACCGCUAG